AUGACGACAAAAGCCGGCUCCGGUGAUACCAGAUUCACUGUUUUUAUCCGCCUACCUUUUCCUCGGGGUGACUUUGUAGAUCCGCCGCCUGUGGAAUGGAAUGCAUCCAAAGACCAGGCACUAUGGGAUAUCCUGUCGCGCCCAUCCAAGGGAGAUGAUAUAAAUUGGAAAUCCCUUGCAGAUAGUUUUGAUGUCACCUUGCAGUUCCUUCUUCAACAGGCAGCAUGGCUUUAUGACCGGCAGCUGUCGCAGGUCAGGGCCCAGAUGCGCAAAGUUGGUACAACGCAGUCGAAUUCCCCUUCUCUGGCUCCUGGAUCUGUGUCGGGCAGUACUGCACUAGGAGGCCAGGCAAAGGGUGCCCCAGCCACAGGACCUCGAGCACCAACCCGACAAAUCUCUCAGCAAAAAGAUAUCCCUCGAGCUGGCACUCGACGAACUAGCUCCACAUCGACAACUACUGUCAACCAAUUCAGGGCCUCUCGGGACACGUCCCGAACUGACACACCCACAGCAGACAACCGGGAGCGCUUGGAAAGCUUCGGUCGGCAUCCCUCGGUCCCUCGACGCGAACAAGCACCCGCAGCCUCUCUCCUGCGGUCUCCCCCACUCGAGGAAGAAGAUCUCUCAUCAAGCUCCCCCGAAGAGUCCGAUUCCGAGGGUGAAGAACUCAACCGGCGAGCACCGCGGUUCAAGCGGUUUGGAAAAUUCUCCACGCAACGCCCGGGACUACGAGAUGACGAUGACGACGACGAUGAUACCCCUGCUUUUCUUCCCCUGUCCCGAGAAUUAGAACAGCCGCCGCGGGAUCGAUCGGGCCAGGAGCUCAGUGCAACUCUACGUCUGAACGAAGAGCGAUCCAAUACACGUCGACGCCCUGCCGAGCGGUCUGGUCCCCGAAUGCCGGUGGCCCCGGAGUCAUCGGCAAGCUCGGCGAGUUCCAGUGCCCCUAUAAACCUGGCACCAGGGGAGGGAAAACGAAUGAAUCAAGUACCGGGCGCAUUACAUCCACAGCAAACUGGAGAGGUGCCUCGGUUGAGUCCGCGCAAGUCCGCGUCCGGGCGAGAGGCUAGCGAUGGAACCCCGAGUAUGGGGAGCAGUUUCAGUGACCUGGACGAUGCUAGCGUUACCCAAUCCGCUCUAGAGGAAGCACUGAUGAGCAACAUGCAGCAUGGGGGCAUGGCGAGCCGGAUGAGCACAAUCAGCCAAGCACUCCGCAGUCGAUACUUGCAGUGA